AUGUAUCUUGAAGAUGGUUUGCGAAGGGGCGCGGUGGCCAAGGAAUUGCCGAAUGAGGAGGGCCAAGAAAGCCGGGUGCAGAUGAACUGGUCUGAGCCAGUGGAAGAAGAGGUUGCGGAGCCGAGGGGCGACGAUCCAGAGCAGGUCGUCCCUCGGGACGCUCCUCAGCAGGUCACUCAGGACGCACACUCUUUUCGCCGAGCCGUAGUGCCGGACAGAUCAAGAGAGUUGGACCACGUCAGGAAGAACUGCCUGGGGUGGUCGAGGAUGUUGGCGCAGGCCAACGAAGAGAAGAGGGGUGAGGAGGGAGGACUGGAUUCGACGAGCGAGGUCGCGCACCGGAAAUCUGGAUUGGCGGAUGGUUUGGCUUACCGCGAGGGUUUGAGGCAGUCGCCCACCACGACGUGUCCUGGGUCGCCUGCUGGAGCGGUCAGCUUGCUUGACGAUAGAAGCGACACGGAGUUGUUCAACAAGGCGGAGAGGGCUCACGAGAGGGACGGGAGUGGUGCGGACCGGCUCAAUCGGGACGGCCGCGCGCUGGUCUAUCACAAGAAUGUGAGCGUGCCCAAGUUGAGGGACUAUUUUGAGGUGCACGGGAGGGAGAUAAUGAAGGGCCAUCUGAAGAAGACGUUUUCGCCCAGAACGAUAAUGCCGGUUGCUUAUUAUGAGAGCGAUUCGUCUUCUGACUCGAAGCCGUCGCUGGUGCGGACGGCGAUGUCGUGUGCGGUAGCGGGUGCAGAGAAGAAUAAGAAGGAGAAGCUCGAGUUGAGGAGGGUGGAAGACAAGGUGGAGAAGAGGGACGACUACGUGGAUCUUACGAUAUGGAUGCCGAACGGGAAGGACUAUCGAGUAAGGUACGACGCGGACAAGAUGGUCAACGAGGCGUUGGAAGAUUUGGCGCAAAAGACGCGUUUGGACAUGGCGGAGAGGGUGUUGAUUGCGAAGGACGAUAGGGGGGAUUUGAUUCCUUUGGAGACGAAGAUAGGUAAGUUGCAAAUGGACAUAAUUUAUUGUUUUUACGAUUUGUUUGGAGAGUCAGUGGAGAAGGGAGACAAGAAGAUGGGUGGGAGGAAGAAGUCGGUGGGACAGUUUGGUGGAAUUUUGAACGCUAUUUCUGGAGUGAUGAGACAUUCGAGGUUAUUCCAGCCGCCCGCGCCGGGGUCGGGUGAGAAGAAGAAGAAGAAGGGGACGGAGCCGAAAAAGAUUACCAGAGAUGACUCGUUAAAGAGGACAGACGAUGAGUGGCAGUCUCAACAGCAGGGCACGGGGUCUUCUUUUGACGCAAGCAGCAGCGGCGAAUCCGACGAUGAGACGACGACAAGGAAUUCGUACAAUGAGUUGGACGCGGACAAGCACAGAGCGAUGGAUUUGUUGUUGACGGUGAAUCGGACCGACAGCAAGUCUUCGGUCAUGGAGAGCAGUCCUACGAUCGAUUUGACGGAGGCGGGGUAUUUGGCGUCUCGCAGCGAGACGGAAGAGGAGUCGAUGAUGGAGGAGGCGCAGCAGAGGUCUAGAGGAGAGCAUGACAGGCUGGAUCAUCGAACGAGGAUUGCGAAUGAGAUUUUGUCGACGGAAAAGGCGUACAUAGGGUAUUUGAAGGUGUUACUGAAGUUUUACCUGCACCCGUUGAGACAGGCGGCUGGGACGUCUGGGUUGCCCAGUUUAGAGACGGUGAGUCGUUUUUUUCCAAAGAAUUUGGAGUUGAUUUGUCAAUUUAACACCCAGCUUUACAAGGCUUUGAGGAAGGCGAUUAGGUACCAGAAUUACAACAACAUUGGCGCGAUAUUUCUGAAGUACGGGUCUUUUUUGAAGAUUUACAACGAGUACUCAAGCGAUUUCAACCAAUGUGUGUUGUUGAUGAACAAGAUGUCGAAGGAGAUGCCGGCGCUGCAAGAGAAGUUGAAGGAGGCGCGAAUUCGGAGCGAGUGUCGUUUGAGCUACGAGGACUUGCUGAUCAUGCCGAUUCAGAGGGUGCCGAGGUACUCUUUGUUGUUGUCUGAGUUGAUGAAGAAUACGCCGGAGGACCAUCCGGACUACGAGAACUUAUGCGACGCGGUGACUCAGUUGUCGGCGAUAGGUCAAUUUAUCAACGAAUCGGUGCAGAAGAACAACAACUACAGAAGGGUGCAGGAGCUUGAGAUGAAGGGAGUCAAUUUUGGGGGUUUGGUCGAUCCGACUCGAUAUUUAGUGUAUGAGUGUGUGGGGAAGGUGACGACCGAGCAGGGAAAGAAAGAGUUGAAGCAUUUUUUCCUGUUCAACGAUUUGUUGGUGUCGGUGAAGGAGAGCGCGUUGAAGACGGGCGUCGACUUGUCUUUGCCUGAGUACGCAGUGCCUUUGAACUUGGUGUGGGUACUGGACGAGGAGGAGAAGGUGUGCAUUCAGGGUCCGUACGAGAUGAUGAGUUUGUUCAAGAAGAGAGAAUUGGACGCGUCCUUUCAUCGAGAGCUGGAGAGGUAUAUUGCGGCGCGUUUGAGUCGCGACGAUAAGAGCGAUUUGUCUUCGGGAGAGGCCGAGAACCCUUCUUGGAGGAAGGGUGAGUUGUCAACGAGGCGGUACGGGGCCUACACGACGGCGGCGGGAGAGAAAUACGAGGGGGAGUGGGUGAAUGGGUGCAGGCACGGGAAAGGUCGCCUAGAGUACAGGAAGUGCGAAUACGAGGGGGAGUGGAAGAUGAACCUGAGACAUGGAAUGGGGAAGCAAAUUUUCAUAUCAGGAGAGUGGUACAUAGGUGAGUGGAGAGAGAACGUGCAGAAGGGCUUAGGCAAGCUGUAUGACUUGAGGGGCACAAUGAUCUACGACGGAGAGUGGGAGAACGGUAAUUUCCACGGAAAGGGUGAAUGGAAAGACUCGACGGGGUGUGUGUACAAAGGUGUAUGGAGCGAGGGUCGGUUUAAAGAGGGGAGCUUACGGACGGCUACGGGGAUAGUAUAUCGCGGUCAAUGGGCGAAUGGGAUGUUUGACGGGUAUGGUAAAUUGAGUCAUGAUUCUGGAUCUAAUUACGAGGGAAGUUUCAAGGAAGGGAUGAAGAGUGGUCAGGGAACUCAGCGUUACACAUCAGGAUCCGUUUACAUUGGGUCGUUUGCUGGAAAUCUUCGCCAAGGCCACGGAGUGUUACGGAACCCAGACGGUUCGACGUACGACGGAGAGUGGGUCAACGACCUGUUUGACGGUAAUGGAACGUAUACUUGGCACAAUAAAACUCGAUAUGAAGGAUCUUGGUCUAAAGGGCGCCGGAAGGGAUUCGGUAAAUGUGUUUACGCGGACGGCUCGAAUUAUGAAGGGCAUUGGUCUGCUGACAAGUUUGAUGGAAGCGGAUCUUUCUUUUUGGCUGGUGGUUCUAUGUAUGUUGGGGAAUGGGCUGAGGGUCUCCGUGAAGGUCGAGGGACUUUCAUCUAUUCUUCCGGUUCUAAGUACGAAGGAUAUUGGCACAACAACACCUUCCAAAAAUACGGCGUCUACACCGGCGGCUCUGACCAAAUUGUCAAAUCCUAUGACGGCGAAUGGAACUGCGGCAAAUUUCACAACAAGGGUACGCUUGUUUUAUCCAACGGAAAUAUGUAUAAGGGUGGGUUCCGAGACGGUAAGAUGCAUGGGAACGGCGUUUGGACAUACGCCAACGGCGCUGUUAUUACUGGUAAAUGGAACAAUGGAAGGUGUGAGGGCAAAGUCAGUUUUCUUCCUGACCAAUCUAAGAAAGAAGAUGUGAUUUCAGGCAUUUAUGACCCUGCUUCUAAUGCGAUGCGCAUCACACCGCACCUAGAUCUCAGUUUUUGUCCUAUUCCUUUCCCAUCUUUUGAAAUUGACUUCGAUACGACGAAUUUAUUCUAA